AUGGCGGCAGUUGUGUUCUGGAAAGCAACAAGUUGUGACAAAUGGAUGCCUACCACAGAGAGAGUUGAAACUGAAUAUAGUGAAGAAUACAGACAAGUGGAGUCACAAGACCUUGAUGUUGUUGGAAAUGAUCAGCUUGUCUAUAAAACAGAUACUUCAUUGUCUCCUUGUGAAUCAAGUGACUGUACUUCUGUAUUGGCAGCUAACCCUAAAAAUGUGGAUAUGCCUAUAGCCAAACACAGGGAAGAGAUACUGUCUCUGAUAGAAAGCAAUCCAGUUGUGAUUGUGCAAGGAGCAACUGGCAGUGGUAAGAGCACACAGAUUCCGCAGUAUGUUUUGGAUUAUUGCAUUCAGGAAUCUAUCUACUGCAACAUUGCUGUUGCCCAGCCUUGGAAAAUUGGUGCCAGCAGCCUUGCCAGGUGGAUUAGCAAGGAACGAUCAUGGACCCUGGGUGGUCUUGUAGGAUACGAGGUAAGUUUAAAGAACGUUUCCACAAAGGAGACAAGGUUGCUGUACCUGACAGCUGGAGUUCUUCUUCAGAAAAUUGUUCAUGCCAAAAGCCUAGCUGAAUUCACGCAUAUUUUCAUUGAUGAGGUGCACGAGCGUACAGAAGAAAUUGAUUGCUUGCUCUUGGUGAUCCGUAAACUGUUGCAUACAAAUUCACAGUCUGUAAAGAUAAUCUUGAUGUCUGCUUCCAUCAACUGUAAAGAAUUUGCUGAUUACUUUGCACUUCCAGUUCAUAACGGUCUGAAUCCAGCCUGUGUAUUUAAGGUGGAAGGCAAACCUUAUGCCAUUGAAGAAUAUUAUCUUGAUGAUUUGAAGAACACUAUUCUUUGCAAGCUUCCUUACCAAAAAAUUGAGGAACCAGUGAUAGUAAGGGAAAUGUAUAAAGUAGCCGUGUCUUUGAUUCGGUCAUUUGAUGAGUUGGAUAUGAAGAGCAGUAGUGUUACACCAGAGCGUGGAAGUGUGCUAGUUUUUUUGCCAGGUUUGGAUGAAAUAAACUACAUGCACUCCUGUAUCUCAAAUAUGUCUAACAAAAGAUGGCAGGUGUGCCAACUUCACUCACGUGUGGUAUUAGAGGAACAAAAUAAUGUAUUUUUGCCUGCAGUUCCUGGCUACAGAAAGGUUGUUCUAUCUACAAAUGUAGCUGAGAGUUGUGUAACAGUUCCUGACAUUAAGUAUGUGAUAGAUUUCUGCUUAACUAGAACUUUGGUUUGUGAUGAGGAAACAAGUUACCAAAGUUUGAGACUUUGCUGGGCAUCCAAAAUGAACUGCAGUCAAAGAAAAGGUCGUGCUGGACGUACUUCCAAAGGGUAUUGUUACAGGCUUGUACACAAGGACUUCUGGACAGAGUUUAUUCCAGAGGAGCCAGUACCAGAGAUACUGCGCUGUCCCCUGGGAACUACCAUCUUAAAAACAAAAAUGCUGGACAUGGGGCCACCAAGAGACUUACUGGCAACAGCUCUUUCUCCACCCUGUGUAGGUGACGUUGAACAUACCAUACUUCAGCUGAAAGAGGUGGGAGCACUUACAACUUGUGUGCAAACAGAAGAAAAUCCCCAUGAUGGUGAGCUAACUGUCUUAGGAAGGGUGUUGGCACAGUUGCCAGUGCAUCUGCAUCUUGGAAAACUGAUAGUCCUUGGCCAUGUCUUCGGGUGCUUAGAGGAAUGUCUUAUUAUAGCUGCAUCACUCUCUUUGCGGACUUUUUUUACAGUACCUUUCAAAUGGCACGUGGAUGGAUACAGGAACAAACUGUUUUUUGCUGGGAAUAGUAAGAGCGACUGUAUUGCAAUUGUGAAUGCUUUUAAGGCAUGGCAAGCCUGCAGACAAAAAGGAGAGCUGAGACAUCCCAAGAAAGAGCUUGAGUGGGGUCGAUCAAAUAAUAUUCAUAUCAAGAAGAUCAAAGAG